AUGGCGCCAAACCUCCAACCUCAACCUCAGCGUCCGCGCCUUCAAGACCACAGACCGUGGUCGGGACUUUCACAUAUUUCAAAGCGGUCCUUCCGAUCUUGCGCAACCUCUGCUUUCGAAGCCGACGACGAGCGAUCCUCUAGCGACGGCGACAUGAGCCCUCGCGAUAGCGAAACCGGCGUGCGACAACCUGUUGUGCCGCGUCACUCUGGUCAUGAUGCUCGUCCAACCAGUCGAAAAGAGCUCAUGGGAUGGUACGCAUACGCUUUUGCGUCCGAGACAUACGUGAUUUGUGGAAUUGGGCCUGCUGCUAAUACCAACCCUCCAGCUUCCUUCAUUCCCAUCCUACUAGAAACACUCGCCAGGGAGAACGGCGUGCUGCUCUCGGAUCGAACAACACCAUGCGGUUCAAGUGACAGCAAAGACAAAGACGACGGCCAGUGUAUUGUCUUGGUAUUUGGGAUGGAAAUCAACACUGCAAGUUUCGCCAUGUACACCUUUUCGGUCAGCGUCUUGAUCCAGGCGCUACUCGUCGUCAGUAUAAGUUGCGCCGCCGACCAUGGAAACUAUCGCAAGAAGCUUCUUCUCACCUUCGCAUGGAUUGGAAGCUUUGCGGUUAUGUCCUACAUCUUCAUUACCAAGGACAACUACAUCCUUGGCGCUCUGUUAACAAUUGUUUCCAACACAUCCUUUGGUGCAUCCUUCGUGUUGCUGAACUCGUUUCUCCCCCUACUAGUGCGAUACCACCCCGAUGUUAUUGAGGCUAAUGUUUCUGCUACUCCGGAUCUCGGCAACUCUGAGUUUGAGUCACGUCCUUUGAAUGAGCCAGUGGGUGAUCCUGAGGACUCUGGAGUAUCAGCAACGUCACCUCUGUUACUCCCAGAGGACGGCGAGCGACUGAAGCCGACAGCAAGCCAUGCUGAGAUCACAUCCAAAGAGUUACAGUUGUCAACGCGUAUAUCAGCCAUUGGUAUUGGUACUGGGUAUAUCGCAGCACUCUUUGUACAAUGUAUAUGUAUCGCUGUUCUUAUUGCACUGCACAAUACUACAUGGGGCCAAAGAGUCGUACUGUUCAUGGUAGGACUCUGGUGGACUGUUUUCACUGUUCCAGCGGCCCUAUGGUUGCGCCCCCGCCCCGGACCUCCACUGGCAGCGAACGGUCGGAAAGGCAUCAUGGCAGGACUCGCAUAUAUCUUAUACGCCUGGAAGAGCCUCUUCAAAACGGUCCAGCAGGCUAGACGACUGCUCGACAUAGUCUUGUUCCUUGCUGGGUGGUUUCUCCUAUCCGACGCGAUCGCAACCACGUCAUCAACCGCGAUUCUAUUCGCCAAGACCCAACUCCACAUGAAGCCUUGGGCGCUUGGUAUGAUUAAUGUCAUUUCAACAAUGGCAGGGGUGUUCGGCGCGUUCGGAUGGUCAUGGAUAUCGCGGCUCUUGAACCUCCAGGCUCAUCAGACCAUCCUCGUCUGUAUUGGGUUAUUUGAGCUGAUACCCUUGUAUGGUUUAUUGGGAUAUCUUCCUUUUGUGAAAGAAUGGGGUGUCUUCGGACUUCAACAGCCUUGGGAGAUGUAUCCCUUGGCAGCUGUAUAUGGGUUUGUUCUGGGAGGAUUGAGCGGCUACUGUCGUUCUCUGUAUGGGGAACUCAUUCCGCCCGGAUCUGAAGCAGCCUUCUAUGCUUUGUACGCUAUUACGGACAAGGGUUCCAGCGUCUUUGGGCCGACAAUCGUCGGUGCUAUCAUUGACAGGACUGGUACAAUCCGUCCAGCCUUCUGGUUCCUGGCAGCGUUGGUGGGUCUGCCUGCGCCCUUGAUCUGGUUCAUCGACGUGGAGCGCGGUAGACGAGAAGGCGUCAAGCUUGCUGAGUCAAUGUCAGACCCAACUGUCCAUCAUGUGGACGAUGACAUUGAUCAUGAAUCUGAGCGUCAUGGCAUGUUGGCAGAUUAUGAGAGAAGACAGGACGAGGGUGUUGUUGAUGAAGGCGCAAGACAAUAA